CAAACAUUCCACGUCGAAACGACUUCUACACGAUGCACCCUUUAGAUUGGAAGCGAUUCAGUGUCGAUUGGAUAAAUUACGAUUCUCAAGGAGAACCCUUCAUGUACUUAAAAAUUCCACCCCAAAUUGGUUUCCACUAUCGACAUCGAGAGGUAGCGUACUGGAACGAAGAGAUGCCGAAACUUCUUGAAGAACGAAAAGAAAUGAAAAUUGCCGGGCAUGCACUUCCGGGGUUGAAUCCACCACCCGUGGUAAUUCCACGAACGUUUCCAGGCUCAUUUAGUCCAAAACAAAACAUGACAUAUGGGGGAGAAUUGAUGGAAGAAACCGAAAGAAUACAGAACGAGGAUAUUUCCAGAAGCGUUCUGUCCACAGAACCCAGCAACAAUGGUACUGUUAGAAUUGUCAUUGCGGUGGGUACACUUUUUCUUCUAACAAACGUGGUCAUUUUGGCUCUUCUGUAUUACAAAUGUGUUAGAUUAAAAAAACGUGAUAGAAAUAGAAGCACCGAAAUGGUCAGAGUCCGUAACGAUGAACUGUUUGAUCCUGACUUCGAAGGUGGACAACCAGCUGUCAAGAAGAAGUAUGCUGGCUGUCGUUUAAUGAAAAUGAUAACUAAAUCAAAUAAAAGUGAAGACACUUAUGAGGCGGUAAAGAUAAAUGAAGGUGUUUGCUCCACAAGCAAACUGAAACUUAUAAGGCAAAUGUCUAGUAGUACCAUUGAUCCUCAUUCGAAAGUGAGGGACUGGAUUUCUCAAGAAGUUGCACAAAAAGGAAGUCCGCGUUCUGUAAGAAAAUCUAAAAUCGGUAACCAUUCUAAACAAAAUUCCGUAGGUAGAAACGAACCGAUAUCUGGAUCAGACAUUCUACAAAAUGCAGACAGUACCUCGACUAUCAAUCGUUCUCCUACACGUCCAGUUAGUCCAACUGAGAAUACUUCAGAUAUGAAGGAACACAAUAAUUCCAAACUAUCUAAUUCCACUUCAGCUCAUAAACCUCCUUCUCGUAAAUUUUUUUCCAAAUCUCAUGUUAGAUCUAUAAGCAAGACAGAAAAGGUUUCAGUAGCUGUUGACGCGACUCCAUCGGGAAGAGGAAGUAGCGUUCUGAGACAACAACCUAUUGAACUUACUAAAUCCUUUGAGUUCAAUAGAUCUUUCGACCAUCAAGAGGACAGUGAAACCAAUCUGAGACGAUCUGCAACCCUUGAUGAUGUGAACAGAUUUUCCAACAAUGACUCAUUGCGAAGAAGUUCUACUAGUAUUAACCUCAAAAUUCCCGAAAAUGGAUGGGACUUAGGUCAACCCACGAUCGUCAAGAUUGAACACCAUCAUUCGAAAUCCGAUCCUGUUAGAGAUACUGAAAUGAUCUUUCCGAGGAUAGGAGUUCCGCUGAAACGACUGCGCAGUUUUGAUCCACAACAAGACGUAAAUGUCACUUCCAGAGAUGACGUGAGUGAGCAGUUACCACCGCUUACUCAUGAGCAACAGCUUAUGACAAUAAAAAGAAGGAAUUUUCCAAAAGUGCUCCCUGAUCAUCCUGGUAGAAGGAUGUCAAUGCCUACGUCCAAUCAACUUUUUCACACUAUCCCAGAAGCAGGUUUUAUCUCCUCGCUGUCACAACCUACAUCUCCCAAUCGGCUUAACUGCCGGUUUCCUCCAGCACCACCACCGAGGACCACAUCAUCCCUAGGACGAAAUUCGAACAGGCAUACUCUUAUACAUUCUCAUGCUGUGUUGGCAGAAGAACCACCAGAAAUACCUGAACCAGAAAUAACUUGCAACAAUCUCUAUGUAGGACCGCUACUACCUGUUAAGGGAAUCAAAAAGCCAAAUCCAUUUGUUUCGACAAGUGAAAACCGACUUAACACCCAACCAAUAUACGACAAUCUUAAUCCGAAGACAACACCAUCAUCCGAGACGACAAAUAAAACAAUAAAUCCUGAUAACUCAGUUAUACGGCUCGAACCUAAAAUAAUAACUAAACCAAGUACUUUGAGGAAACCAAGAGAUUUACCGAGAAAUAAAAAUGUUCCUAGAGUGACGCUUGGUGAUAGUAAUUUAAGGACUACGAUGCUUACCAAACAAAGCAGUCUCGAUUCAGUAUCAGAAGAUCAAAGAACUGAAAGCACUAAAGAAACAGUUAAAACACCACAAGCUGAAAAGGAAUCAGCUGGUGAACAAUGUCAUAGUCAGGAUGUAUUGCUGAAACAAAACAAAAAAGACACUGACAUUAGUAGUAGUGACUCAUCAGAAGCAUCGGACACAGGUACUGUAGUGAAUAAAUCUUAAAUAACAUUUAUUAAUUAUUUAUUGUGCAAGGACUACACCCACUGGUAGUGUUUUAUAUGGAUCAACGGAUUUCAUUUAAUAUUCUGAUAAUUAUAUUUAACUUAUUAUUCCAAUUUUACAUUUUUCGUAUGGCAAUCGUACAUUUUAUUAUUUAAGUGUUUUCGUAUUAUUUCUAGGAGUAAGACAUAUAUUGCAGUAUUAAUUUAAUUUUAAUCUAGUUAUUGAAACAAAUAUGAGAAACAAUUUUGAUAUUUUUGCAAACAAAGGUUAUCUGUAGGUGCAACGCGUUUGUAUAAUGCCAACAUUAAAAAAAAUGUAGCAUCUAAUAUUUAAUUUAUUUAUAUACAGUAUAUAGUAUAAUUAAUUUUAUUUAUUUGGACUGGUUCGUAAAAUAAGUCAACUAGCAGAAGGUUAUCGAUAAACUUUUAUUUAAGUUGUGACAUUAUUUAAAACAUCGGAUAACAAGUCUAGGAAUACAAAUACAUAUUUAUGUUUCAGUACAUUUCAUUAUAUUAAGGUAUCAGUCCUAGAUAAAGAAUGAAGAUAUUUAAAAGUAA